AUGACAGGAGAGUCAGACAAGUCCCCACGUUCAUUGCGCGCUCAGCGACGCCAUCAGGGAGGCUCCCGUCAGCAGGACUCCACCCCGCCCCAGGAAGCACAGCCUGUGGAGCCGGCGGCGCUGGAGAGGUCAGCAGUCCCCAUGGGAUUGGCACCUCCUGCCCGCCAACGAAGAGCCGAGGGUACGAGCCUGCGCUCAGCCCGGCCUGAGAAGGGGAGGAGGAGCGAGUGGGAGGAGACGAUGGGACCGGAGCGGACGGAGGAAGAGGCUGCUGCUACAGUGGAGGCUGGAACCGGCGCUGAGGUUGCGGCGGAGACGGUGGAGGCCGCGACGGCUGGUGCUGUGGCUGUGGCGGUGCCCGAGGCGGUUGUGAAUACGGGGCCUGAGGCUGCGAUUGGUGGGACAACUGGCGCAGCUGCUGCUGCUGGCGUGCCUGCCGCUGCCUCUGACGACGGCUCCGUUUCACAUUCUGCCACCCCUCAUACUGGGCCACUGUCUCCCGAAGAGCGGGAGCCGCCGGCGGAGGAGGGGCGGGCAGGGGAGGGGGAGCUGGCUGCGUCCCCGGAGCCGAUGGGGCCGGCCGUGAUUGCUGCGGUCGUGACUGCCGUGGAGAGACGGGAUGGCCAGCCGAACGGCGAGGAGCGUACGGCUGCCUCUGAGUUCGCCGGAACUUCUGUUGCUGACGAGGGCGCAGACAUGCAGGGGCACGGCCAGGCGGCGGGCGAUAGUCAGGGGCCCGUGAACGGCGCUCCUUCCGGCGUCUCAAAAGCGAAGCCGAAGAGGAAGCUGCAGGUACAGCCAGCGCCGAGACGGCCCGGAGCAGGCCUGGGACCCGGCGCCCCGGGACCCCUCCUGGGCUGGCUUCUGCAAGGGCAGCCGCCACGAGAGUCAGAGCAUUGGGGGGCAUCUCAGGGCGCGCCCGCACUGUCCGCCGCCACGCAAACGGCUUCGCAUGCGCCAACGACAAGGGCGCCGAACUUGGGGGGAGGUGAAGGAGUGGCACAAGCUGCAGUGGUGGCACCAACAGGAGCAGGUGGGGACAAUACGGUGGCAGCAGUAGGCACCAAACGCUCAGCGAGACUUGGGGCGAUCACGUGGGUGCCGGCGGGCCGUGGCAACGGCGUGGUGGAAACGGCGGGAGCAGCAGGAAGGGGACAACGCGGGGUUUUACGCGGGGGGACGAGAGGCGGAAGGGGAGGGCGCAUUCAAGCGCCUAGGGCGGAGAUACCAGUGAGAACCGGCCCCUGGCAAGAGCGCCACGAUAGGCCAGAGAGAGUGCUCCUGCAGGCGGAGGGGGAACAGGAGGCUACUGACAACCAGGGAGCCGACCCUGCCGGGGAGGAAGAAACCUCAGAGGAGAUCUCUGUGGACGAUGAGACCACACCCAGGAGAAACAACCCAGAAACCCGGGCAAGGGAGGUGGCGGCGGGCAUCCCAAGUAACACAGGGGAACCUGUAGCUACUGCCACGGAGGAGACCGACGUGCCCUCUCCAGCUGAGCUGGCACGCGACGAUGCCAUCUGGAACCUGGCAGGGGAGUGGAAUGUGGACGUGCUUCAGAGGGGGGACCAGCCAUUCCUCGUCCGCCGGCUGCCACCACAAAUCCUAGACAGAUACUGUCUGUGCAUGCUGGCGACGCUUAUCCGCCUCGAUACACACCCGAGCUGCCUGGGUGGCUGGAAAGCGCUGCUGUUCCUGCCGAGGCUCACUCUUAGGCCAGCACCCGAACCUGUUCUGGGGAGUCGCUGGGCAGGGAUUGAAACACGGCUGCACAAGUUUCAACGAGGCGACUGGGCCGAGCUUUUCGAGGAGGCAGGGGUUAUCCCCGACACAGGCAACCCGAGAAACCGAAUGGUGGCGUGCGACCUAUAG